AUGCCGUGGACUGUGACAAACUCAUUCAAGCGAGGUCUCAUGAUGAAAACUUACGGACGGCCACUUUGGCGCGUCUACGACGAUGACCAACGGCCUGCCGCCAAAAAACGACGCGUCCAAUCCGGCAAUGAUUCCGACGAAGCCGAAAAUAGCAUCCAAUAUGCCAUCCGCGAGUCUUCCGCCGCCAUCAUGUCCAGUCCGUCGCGUCGCAAUUCUAUUCUUCUCUCCGAAGGCACGCAGGAAGAUGAUCUGUCGACACCCCCAUCUUCUCCCCCACCGCGAUUAAGCCCCCCUCCCGCCAAUACGCGGAAACCCACGUUUGCCUUCCUGAAGCGUAAACAGUCCGCCACCAAGGAUGCCAGCAAUGGCACACCUGUCACGAAUGGCACCACCACCACCAUCAACGGCACCACCAAUGGCACCCCACUCACCGAAGUCAACUCUAACAGCGUGCGCGCCUCGGUGGACCCGCCCAAGAAGAAAGCGCCGCAGCCGCAGCAGCCGCCGGUCUUGAAACAGAUGCAGAUCGACCUGGGCCACGAAGUACGGAGGACGUGUGCAACUUGUGGCAUGGAGUACGUGCCGUCGAACACGGAGGAUGCGGCAUUGCAUAAGAAGUUUCACGAUAUGAACUCCACAGGGGUAGAUCUGGGGAAGGCCUUUAUGCGGGCCAACGCAUCACGCUGGGUCUACGAAGCGACACGGUUUGACGAGGGAUAUGUGGUCAUUGUGGAUCGCAAGGCAUCGCCGACCGCGAAGAACCAAGCGAAGAAGGUGCUGGAGGUCAUUUGCAAGGAGCUGUCAUCCCCGACGAUCGAGGAUGAGGUUCUGUGGAGUCAAACGGAAGCGCCCAAGCAUCUGCAACAGAACGGAGUACCGGAGAAAGUGGACCGGUACAAGGUGUUUCUGCACAUGAAGGACAGUCGAUGUGUAGGGGCAUGCUUGACGGAGCGGAUUUGGGAGUCACGGCCGGUCAAGAAGUCGGCCGUUUCGGGCAAUGGACCGGACUCGUCGGUCACGGUGGGAGAGGAAAGGCACCCGGCCAUCGUGGGCAUUUCGCGCAUAUGGACAUCGGGCUCUUCACGCCGGAAAGGUAUUGCCAUGGAUCUGUUAGACUGCGUGGUGAGCAACUUCAUCUACGGGAUGGAAAUCCCCAAGGAGCAGGUGGCGUUCAGCCAACCGACCGAGAGCGGCAAGGGGCUGGCGCAGUCAUUCUUCGGCAACGAAGAGUGGCAUGUUUACGAGGAAAGCUAA